AUGUCGAGGAAGCGCCCGGCGGCGGAAAUGGGAGGAGUCAGCAGCUUGCCCGUGGGCUUUGUUGGCUUAGGCUCGAUGGGCUACCACAUGGCUGGGCACAUGGCCAAGGCCCACUCCAGGUGUACGGUUUGGAACCGCACCCAGAUGAAGGCCGCCCAGCACUCCAAAGAGUUUGGCUCUGUGCAUGCGGAGAAGUUGGAAGAGCUGAAGUCCAGCCAGGUGUUGGUCUUUUGCUUACCAACUUCAGAAGAGGAUGAGGCCAUUGUGGAGCAGUUGGCGCCGCAUUUGCCCAGGGGCGCCUGUGUUGUCUCCUGCACCUCGGGGGUGCCGACCGUGACCAAGCGCCUUGCAAACUCCUUACACGAGCGUUUCGGUUUGCACUUUCUGGACUGUCCGGUGAGUGGUGGUCCUCUCGGAGCUGCUGCAGGCAGUCUCACCUGCAUGCUGGGCAGCGAUUCGCCUGAAGCGGCCGAAAAGGCGCUGCCAGUUCUCCAAACCUUUGCGCAGAAGGUGGUGAGAUGUGGCGUGGACUUCUGA